UCAAGUUUUCCCAAAACCAAAUCUCCGACUCCUUUUCACAGCAAAAACGAAAGAAAACAACAACAACAAAAAGAAAAAAACAUAAAGAGAAAAAGGAAAAACCAUAUAUUAACGACUGCAACGAGGAGUACCAGUAAAAACCUCAACAGAUCUCAACGGAAAGCCACACACAGCAACUGCAACAGCAGCAACAAAAAAAGAGAGUCUUCUUUGGCCUGCAACUGCAACCGAUCCCCGAGGCAGCAGCAGCGCUUCUCUGGGAGCUUCAAGAAGCGGCACAAUGACAGCGACUGCGACAGCAGCGUUCGCGUCAGCAUCAGCAGCAGCAUCGGCAUCAGCAUCGGCGAGAAAGCAACCUGCAACAAUCGCAAUGCUCAAUGGAAACGCUUUUACGGUUAAGCGGCUCUUAGCGCUUCUCAUCAUCUUCACAGUGCUGCACAGGAGUGAGGCCCUGGAGCUGGGCGACAAGUGCCAGCACGACAUGGACUGUACAGAUUUCAUCAAGGGCUCCAGCUGCUCGGCCCUGGGCUACUGCGAGUGUGCGCCAUAUUUUGUUCAAUUGAAUUCCAAGCGCUGUUUGUCAUCCCAACUGCUAGGCGGCGACUGUCAGCUGAGCGAGCAGUGCUCGAUGAAGGUGGCCAACAGCAGCUGCCUGGAUGGGGCAUGCCGCUGCGUCGAGGGAUUCUUGCAGUUCCGCAAGCACACCUGUCUGGGACCUGCCCAUCCCGGCGCCGUUUGCUACAGCCACGCCCACUGCCAAAUGUUUGACACACGCACCCACUGCGACUUCCUGAUCCCCAAUCUCUUUGGACGCUGCCAGUGCACGGCACCCACCAAGAUGGUCGGCGGUCUCUGUCUGACACCCGCCGCGGAUGCGCAAGCGGAGGCGGAGGAGAAGCCCAUCGAGAAGGUGGAGAAGGUGACAACAACCGCAACAACAACCACAACCACCACAACACCAGAGCCUACCACAAGGCGAACCACCACAACGACCACAACUGCUGCACCCACCACAAGGACUACAACAACAACGACAACGACAACUGCAGCACCCAUCCUGCUGGAGGAUGAGCUGCCAGCCAGCGUGGAGGAGCAAACCCUGGAAGAGGACGAUGGCGAGGCUGCCAAGCUGAGGCCAGAGAUCUCUGAGCUGGACAAUGGCGAGAAACUGGAGGCCCUAGACAUGGCCCACGAGGAGACGGAGCUGACACAGCAGCAGGAGCAGCAGGAUGCGGAAAAGGAACAACAAGCAGCUGCAGCAGCAGCAGCAGCUGCAGCAGAGGGAUCACAUGAAGAUGGGGCCACAACUGGAGUGCAACAGCUGCUGACACCCGCCGAUGUGCCCACCGAGAAUGCUGUGGGCGUGGAGCAGGAGACGGAGGGCGGCCCCACCGAGGACUAUCCGUACAAGAUCGACGAGGAGUACACAGAGGAGCACGAGAACAGGCCAGAGCUGGUGGGAGAGCAGCCCGAGCAUCAGUACGAUGAAACGGCACCCGCACUGGCACUGGCACCCAUCGAGGCCGAUGAGGAUGCUGUGGAGGCCUCGGGCGCGGGCGCGGGCGCCGAUGAGAUUGCCUCAUCGCCCGCUGACGAUACCAUGAAAUUCGAUUAUGAAACGCCCGUCGAGGAGGCGGAGAUGGAGGCUGACAAAGAGGUGGAGUCGCAGUCGCAGUCGGAGUCGCAGCCACAGCAGACGGCAGACCAUCAACAGCAUAAUGAUCAUGAGGUGCUGGUGCCCAUUGAGGCCGAGAGCGAGACUGAUGCGGCGGAGGCGACCACUCAGCCACAGACGCUGCUGCAGGAUGAAGAUGAUCAGGAGCCGGCCCAGACAGUGGCUGACGAGGAACUGAUACCCGUGAAUGCAGCUGCAGAAAUCGAAAGUGUGACGAAGGUGACAGAAGUGGAGCUACCCGCAGAGCAGGAGGAGGAGGGCGAUCAAGCUUCGGGGGAUCAUGAGAUGGCAACGCCAGACGUCGCGGCAGUGGCUAAUGAUGAAGUCCCGCCCCAGGAGGAUGCGGAGAAGGCGGAGCAAACAGAAGCGCUGAAGAUUGAAGAGCCGGCAGAGGUGCAGCCAGAGAGUGAAAGCCACAGCGAAGCGGAAAAGGAACAGGGGGUGGAGGUGGAGCAGCCAGAGACACAAACCGAAGCCGCAGAAGUGGAGCCAACAACAGAAGCUGCCCCACAAACGGACACUGAAAUCGAUCAGGCAGAACAAAGCGCCGACAUCAAGCCGACAAGUGGCGAAGAUGAUUUAAAUGAAGCCAAUCAAUUAAAUCAAGAUCAAGAGCAAGAGACACAGCCACAGGCAGAGAUUGCCAUCGAAGCUGAGCAGGAGAAGGAGAAGGAGAGGGAGAAAGAGGAGGUGAAGGUGGAGGAGAAUGUGGCAGAGAAAGAGCCAGAACUAGAGGCAGACCAAGAGACCGAGCCAGUGGAAGAAAUCCAUCAAGAUGCAGAUGAAGCCACAACAGAGCCACAAGAAAUCAAAGUGAAACCAGUCGAAGAACCAGCGGAGCAACAACAGCCAGAGGAGUUGGAUACACAGGUGGAAGACACUGAGACGGAGCUGGAGCUGGAGACGGAGCUGGAGACGGAGACGGAGACGGUGGCAAUCACCGAAGCAGAGCACGAACAAUUGACAUACCCAACAAAUGAUGAUGAAUUGGCGCCAGCCGAGUCGCAGCCAGUGGAGGAGCAACAGACCACAGAGGCGGCACACCAUGAACCAGAAAUUUCUAAUGUCCAAGAGGACAGCACCACAGAGCUGCCCGAACAGCAGCAGCAGCAGCAGGAGACAGAGCAGGAGACAGAGCAGGAGACAGAGAAAGAGCAAGAGGCAGUGGCAGUGGCAGAGUCAGAAGAAGAGGCAGCGUCAGAGUCUCUUGUGGCGGAAAAUGCAAAUGCAAUUAAAACGCCUGAAGUGUCGGAAGCAAUUGCAGAGCCACAGGCAGAGCCACAGGCAGAGCAGGAGCAGAGCCCAGAAGAGCCACAGGCAGAGCCCCAGGCAGAGCAGGAGCAGAGCCCAGAAGAGCUGCAAGCGGAAUCAGUGACCGAGAAGGACGUCGCAGUGGAGCCACAGGCCGUGUCCAAUGAUGAGCUGUCGCAGCAGCAGGUGGAUGGAGAUGUGGGGCAAGGUGCGACGCAGCUGCCAAUUAAUCAGACACCCGAAGAUAUUGAGCCGGAAGCGAGCGACGCUCUGACAGAGACCGCUCCAUCUUUGGAUGUGGAAAGCGAACUGCAAGCGGAAACUGUCACAGAACGCAGUGAAAGUGCCGAGGAGCCGCUCGAGAGUCACAAAGAUGAGACGGAAAUCAUCAAAGAUGAGAAUGAUAACAUCAUCCAAGGUGCCGAGCCGAAUGUCGAGCCAGCAAUCAUUCCAGAGGCAGAGGCGGAGGCAGAGGCACAGCAAGCAGUCAACGAAGUGGAGAAGGAGCCGAACCAGCCAGAGAUGGACUACACCAGCAUCGAGCACCUGCAAGAGCUGCCCCAGCAGGAGGAUGCACCCAAGCCAGUUGUCAUUGAAACGGAAACGGAGACGGAGACGGAGACCACACCCGCCCAGGUGGCAGCCUACGAUGACGAUGAAGAAGAUGCCGCCGAGUCCACUAUGGCGCCGCAGAUCAGUGUGGAGCCCAGCGCCAUUGUGAGCGAGGAGCAGAACCAGGAACAGGAUCUGGAGAAGUUCCACGAGAGCGAGAGCAUUGCCGACAUUCUCAGCGACCUGAUGCUGGAGGGAGACAGCACCGUGCCGCCGGUGCCCUUUGGCCAGCAGCCCGCCCAAACGGUGCCCAUGGUGGAGGCCAGCGAGGAUAACGAGGACGAGGAGGCGCCCGAGGAGUCGGCUAUAGCCGAUCUCGUGGCAGAGGCGGACGAAACACACGACCAGCUGCACGUGGAACAGGUCCAGGCCCCAGAGCAACAGAUUUCCGCCAUUCCAGAACUCUUUGCGGAGGCAGCAAAUGAUGAGGAGCAGCAAGAGGUGGAGGAGGAGGGGGAGACGGAUCAGACGACAGUCAUUCCCGAAGCAGAGGCAGCAGAGGAAGUGGAGCCACAGCAGGAAUCCACCACGGAUGCCACAGUGCAGGCGGAUGAAGAGAAGCUAAUCACCUUCUAUCCGGAGGAACAGCAGGAAACCGAAUCGAUUCCAGAGGAAGCCACCACCGCAGAGGAACCCCAGGAGCAGCAGGAACCCCAGGAGCACACACUCUCGCCGGAGGAACUGCCCUUUGACCUCAGCGAUCACUCGCAGCCCAUUCGCAUCAACGAACUCGAGUCGGACAACUUGAUUGUGGAGUCCACCACCAGCGUCGAUGGCAUCCAGGAGCUGGACAGCAACCACAUCGAGGAGGGCCCUGCCGCACACCACCCCAGCGCCCAUGAGGAGGCCACGCCCAAUCCCGCCGACAUUGUGGAGAUCACCACACAGACGAUGCUGGGUCUGGCCAGCCGUGUGACGCUCAUGGAGCCCGCCGCACCCGUGGCCACCACGCUGAUGCCCCUGAUGACCUCCGAUGAGCCCACACCGGAGCCGGAGUCAGUGGCCGUGCCAGUGUCCGUGCCAGUGGUGGUGCCGGGCUUCGCUUCGGAGCUGCGCAAGCGCGUGGAUCUCGGCCUGGAGGCCAUCUCGCUGGGCCUGGCCUGCAGCAGCGAUCACCAGUGCCAGCUCUCGGAUCCCCACACGGUGUGCAACGGACGCGGAGUGUGCGACUGUGCCGGCAGCAGCGAGACCAAUGGAGCGGGCCAGUGCAGUGCCCAGCGGACGGGCUGCAGUCCGGGAACCUUCCAGUGCCGCUCCAGUGGCGUUUGCAUCUCCUGGUUCUUUGUGUGCGACGGACGCGCCGAUUGCAACGAUGACUCCGACGAGGAGUGCACCCACAAUGCCCGCCUGAACCAGACCUGUCCGACGGAGUCGUUCCGCUGCCAGCGCAGCGGUCGCUGCAUCUCGCGCGCCGCCCUCUGCGACGGACGCAAGCAGUGCCCACACGGCGAGGAUGAGCUGGGCUGCGACGGCAGCUUCAAGGGCGGCAACGCCUGUCCGGAGCACACGUUCCGCUGCAAGAGCGGCGAGUGCCUGCCGGAGUACGAGUACUGCAACGCCAUUGUCUCCUGCAAGGAUGGCAGCGACGAGCCGCCGCAUCUGUGCGGCUCCCGCUCCGUGCCCAGCCUCUUUAUGCGCCUGUUCGAUGCGGGUGGCCUUCUGGGCGGUGGACGCCGCGAGGCGGAUGCCUACUGUCCGCAUCGCUGCAGCAACGGACUGUGCCGCUCCACGGCCAUUGUGUGCUCCGGACGCGAUGGCUGCGGGGAUGGCACCGACGAACAGACCUGUGCCGUGUGCCGUUGUCCUGCUCCAACUGCUGCCAGCCUGCCCGGCUAUCUGGCCCGGCAACGCCCCAUGCCGCUGUGGUAGGAGCCCCAUGCCGCAACCAAUUAUUCAACACCGACUGCAACGUUUUGCCACACUGUUCUACGAGCUUUCCAACACUAUCUGUCGCACCUAUAGCACGCACACCUGCAUCACCCCCCGCCCCACGCCCCACGCAUCAUCGAGACAAUUUUUGCCUAGCAUUUAAGUUGAUAUUUUAACAAAUUAUUUAUUUAUUUAUUUAUGAUGAUUUUAGCUGCGCCCUUGCCACGCCCAAUUGCCACCUUGCUAUCAAAGGGGGUGGCCAGCUCUGGCCUACCCUUUGAGCCAGUGAUGUUUGUCAAUUGAGCCCACGGGACGCAUCCCUAAAAGCCCCCCCCCACACAAGCACACAAGCACACAGAGCCACACACAC